AUGGGGGUAGUCAAUCCAUUUGACAGCGCCGCCCUCCCGCCGUUCACCCCGCCCCAGCCCUCGCCCCCGCCGCUGCCGUCGUCCCUCCCCGCCGGGGCCGCGCGCCGUCGUCCCCGAAGCAAGGCGCCGGGGCCGGGCGCUGUCGUCGUCGCCCCUCCCCCGAAACCAGGCACCGGGGCGGAACUAGGCACCGGGCCUUCCUCCCCGGCCCCGCCCUCAGCCCCGCACACGCCACCGCCGCCGUCGUCCGCAGUCGUCCUCCCCGCCUCAGCCCUCGCCAGCCGUCCCUUGCCUCGGCCCUCCCCCGAAACCAGGCGCCGGGGCCGCGACCGGCUCGGAGGGCGGGCGGGCAGUGGCCGGCCGCUGCGUUCCGCAGCCUGCUGCCGCGCCCCGGCCGGAGCCGACGCCGGGGUGGGGGAGGUGAGGCCCGCCGGCGGUUGA